AAUAUAGUUACAAAAAAUAUUAUGGGGGAGGUAUGAGAGAAAAUAUGUUCAGCUAAAUUUAUAUCACAUAUUAUGGGGAGUAGUAGAAAGAGAAACUACUUCCCCUAUACCUUUGUGUUUGGUCAGCUUUAGUCUGAUUGGCAUUUCUAGAUCAAGCUUUUGGCUGUUCAUCUUGAAGGUACUUAUUAGGAUCCCUGGGUGCUCUGCUUUGAGAAUGCUUGCAUUUGAUGCUCAAAGGUUGCUCAAUCCAUAUGAAAUAUUGUUAUUUGCAUCACUUGACGUACAUUUUCUCUAGCCAACUGACUUUUGUGGAUUCUGUUUGAGAUCCAUAAGUGGGGCAAAGUUGCAACUGAAAACUGAUUAGCUUUACAGUAUAGUGAGUAGCACUUAUGACUUCAUUUUUUAUCCAGGCCAACAACAUUUGGGAAGAGUUGGAAGGAUAUAGAAAGAAGCUUGCCCGUGCUGAAGCCAUUUUCGCUGCCACAAAAAGAACAGGAACAGCAGAAGGAACAAGACCGACAAACAAAAUUGGCUCCUUUGGUCUCAUAGGGAAAAAAGUAGACACAAUAGAUUACUGCAAUGAGAAAAUUAAUGAACUGUUCCCAAAACUAGAAUCUGAGCAGAAGACUACCAUUAGAGAGAAGCAGCAAGCAGCAGCUAUUGUCUUCUUCAACAGCCGUCUGGCUGCAGCUUCUGCAGCUCAGGCUGUUCAUGCACAGAUGCCUGACUCAUGGACAGUUACAGAAGCUCCUGAACCCCGUCAACUAAUAUGGAGAAAUUUUACAAUUAAGUUUUAUGAGAGAACGAUACGACAAUGUAUUGCUUAUGUGGUUGUGGCUUUGAUUAUAUUUUUCUUCAUGAUUCCAAUUGCGAUCGUCUCUGCAUUCACGACUCUGGACAAUCUAAGAAGUUUACUUCCAUUCUUGAAGGCUGUUCUUGACAUUGCAGCGGUUAAGACAGUAUUGCAAGCUUACCUACCUCAGAUUGCACUUAUUGUGUUCCUGGCUUUGUUACCAAAGUUUCUUAUGAUGUUCUCCAAGGCCGAAGGAAUCCCUUCUGAGGCUCAUGCUGUGAGAGCCACCUCAGGAAAGUAUUUCUAUUUCAUAGUGUUAAAUGUUUUUAUUGGAGUAACUGUUGGUGGGACCCUAUUUGGUACAUUGAAGACCAUAGAGAAAACUCCGAACAAAGCCGUACAUAUUCUGGGUAAAUGUAUUCCUGCUAAUGCAACCUUCUCUGUGACCUUUGUGGCAUUGAAGUUUUUUGUUGGCUAUGGGCUUGAGCUUUCCCGUUUGGUUACUCUGAUCAUUUUCCAUUUAAAGAGGAAAUUUAUGUGUAAAACUGAAGCUGAGCUGAAAGAAGCCUGGGCUCCUGGGGAUUUUGGUUACGCUACAAGGGUUCCAAGUGACAUGCUAAUCAUCACCAUUGCCCUCUGUUACUCUGUGAUAGCUCCUAUUAUCAUUCCAUUUGGUGUGGCAUACUUUGGCCUUGGAUGGCUUAUUCUCCGGAACCAGGUUUGUCAAGAUACUCAUUACUUUCUAUUCCCGAGUAUCCAGAACCUUCAGAGCAAUUUGGAAGGAGUUCUAUUUUAAGUUUUGUGAGGAAUGCUUUGGUCUGAAUGAAAACUUUUGCUGUACCCCCCUCCCCCCCUACCCUAGGAGGUUUUCCAGGCCAACCUUAAAACCUAAUCAUCUAAUUACUCAUCGGGUUUUGAAGAUUGGGUGUGGAUGGGGCAGAUACGGAUGUUUUGCUGGACCUUUGCACACCUCUGCAAGUUUGAUGUUGGACCAAUUGGUUGAAGGAUUACUUCUAUUAUCUCCCCUUAAAAUUGGAUGUGCUUUUCACUUUCCCUCCCUCCCCUGGUAGAAGGGUAUUCUUAGGACUCUUUUUGUUGAUGUGGUCACCCUAUUCCAUCAUUCUUGCACUUUUGACAUUUCCUUCUUACAGCCUCUAAUAGUGUAUGUUCCUUCAUAUGAAAGCUAUGGCGCAUGUGGCCCCACAUGCAUGUACGUAUUCUUGCGGCUCUAAUUAUUUUCCAAAUUACAAUGUUCGGCUUCUUUGUGCUGAAGGAAUUCGUUGAGACGGUUUUGUUGAUUCCCCUUCCCAUAUUAACUCUCCUAUUCAGUUUUGUAUGUUCGAAGAAAUUUUACCGAUCAUUCAGCCACACUCCUCUUGAGGUUGCCAGCCAUGAAUUGAAGGAGAUCCCUAACAUCGAAUCCAUCUUCAAAGCGUUCAUCCCAACAUGUUUGAGAUCAGAAAAGUUCGAUGAUGGUGGUGACCAGUUUGAGGACGCUCUCGCUCAAUUUUCAAGAACUGGAUCAGCCGUUUGAUGUAAAUACUUGAAAAACAUGUAUGUUCAUAUAAUACCGUGUCUUUUCUUUAGUAGAUAUUGGACCUUUAGUUGGCAUGAUUUGUUCUAUUGAUGAUUAGUUCUAGGAAUCAUUUGUUUCAGACAUCAGCAGCCUGUACAUCCCUAUAGUGUGAGAAGUUUAUCUCUCUGUCUAAUUUGAGUAGUAAGUUUUCCCUUGUUGGUUAGUACCAGCUGGUUGCAUUUUAUACGAUAGUGUGAGCUCUUUGUUUCUAUCUAAUUUGAGUUGUAAGUUUUCUCUUGUUAUUGAUUAAUUAAUACCAGCUGUUUUUGUUUUA